AUGGACCCUGAGGCCGGAGCCCUCCCGCGAUCCCAAGUCUGCAAGAGGCCGGCUCGGGGGCGUGGAGGCGGGUGGCGGGGGCCGGCGUCCGAGCGCACGGACACGAGUACCCGGGCUGUGGUCCAGAGAGCAGCCCUGGGGGUCCCGGCUCUGAACUCCGAGCCGCUGGGCCCCAGCCGGUCCCACCACCAGUACUCGGCGGAGCGCGCCCGCGCCCGGGCCUUGCGGCGGGCCGCUAGGCGUUGGGUAGGGGGCAUCACCCGAGACGCCUGGCAGCCUCCCCAGACCUGUUUUCACAGGGCUGCGCGCGUGUGCCGCCGCUGGCACGAGGCCGCCUCCCAGCCGGCGCUCUGGCACACCGUGACUCUGUCGCCCCCGCUGGCUGGCCGCCCUGUGAAGGACGGAGUCAAGGCCGAGAAGAAACUUCUUGCUUCCCUGGAGUGGCUUGUGCCCAGUCGGUUCUCACAGCUCCAGAGGCUGACCCUCAUCCACUGGAAGUCCCAGGUACACUCUGUGCUGAAGCUGGUUAGCGAGUCCUGUCCUCGCCUCACCUUCCUCAAGCUCUCGGACUGCCAUGGAGUGACCUCAGACACGCUGGUCAUGCUAGCCCAAGCCUGCCGUCUGCUGCACAGCCUGGACCUGCAGCACUCCAUGGUGGAGUCCACAGCUGUGGUGAGCUUUCUGGAGGAGGCAGGCCCCCGAGUGCGCAGGCUGUGGCUGACCUACAGCUCUCAGACGGCGGGCAUCCUGGGCGCACUGCUGGGGAGCUGCUGCCCCCAGCUGCAGGUUCUGGAGGUGAGCACUGGCAUCCACCGCAACAGUACCCCCCUGCAGGUACCCGUCGAGGCCCUGCAGAAAGGCUGCCCUCAGCUGCAGGUACUCUGCAUCCUGGGCCUUGCUUCCAGGUGCUGCUUUGCGUGGCUGCCCAAACCUUCGGGGCGAGGGGUGCCCCCUGGGCCAGGCUUCCCCAGCCUGGAGGAGCUCUGCCUCGCCAGCUCCAGCUGCAACUUUGUGAGCAACGAGGUCCUGGGCCGCCUGCUCCACAGCUCCCCCAGCCUGCGCCUGCUGGAUCUCCGUGGCUGUGCCCGCAUCACACCUGCUGGCCUGCACUGGCUGCCCUGUCAGGAGCUGGAGCAGCUGCACCUGGGCCUCUACGGCAUGUCCGAGCGCCUGACGCUGGCCAAGGAAGGCAGCCCCCUGCUGACCCGGAAGUGGUGCCACACCCUGCGGGAACUGGACUUGAGCGGCCAGGGCUUCAGCGAGCGUGACCUGGAGGAGGCUCUGGCUGCAUUUGCCGUCACCCCUGGGGACUGGCGACCAGCCCUGCACUCCCUCAACCUCAGAGGUACCCGGGUCACAGCAAGCAGUGUCAGCUCCAUGAUCAGCAGCUGCCCAGGUCUGCUGUACCUCAACCUGGAGUCCUGCCGCUGCCUCCCUAGGGGCCUGAAGCGGGCCUACCGGGGCCCAGAGGAAGUGCAGUGGUGUCUGGGACAGCUGCUCACUGUCACACCCUGCCCCAGCUAAACACAGGCCCAGCAGCCCCCGUGCCGGGUGCUUGAGUGCUUUGUUAAAAUAAAACUUUGUAGGAA